AAUGAUUUAAGAUCUCUUCUAAUCCUUAUGGAGAUCAUGCUUUUGGCUUAUCUAGUUUCCAUACUGUUUUGUAAUCACAUGCUCAGGAUGACGGGAGUUCGUUGGUAAUAAGUAACAGAAAACAAGUCCAGUACAGUAAACACCCCAUAGGCUGACUUCAGCAGUUUAGUGUCAUUAACCUCCCUCCACCUCUUUUCACCUCCUCCAUUUGAUAGUUCUCACACAAUAACAAGCACAUAAGAUUGUAAUAUAUAUUAGACUAAAUGUACAAGAAUGCCAUGGUGCCGCAUAUUUUUUUUGUAACUAAAGCUUUUGGUCUUAUCAAGAAAAAACACUGCAAAGCUCUUCAGAGGAAAUAGCUUUCCCUUAUCAGCAAUGCACUGCCACUGCAAAGGUGUCUUCCCAUUGGCUGACAUUGUUGUGCUCUGUCAGCUGACUGGAUGAGCACACGUUCACAUCUGAAAAGAGAAACUCAGAAGAAGGAUGGCAAAGUUUAUGACUGUUUCACAAUCACCGUUCGUUCCAGAUAUGAUAACUGAAUGUACCCCCUGGGACGGUUAUUCCACUGUGAUUAGACGGACACCAUGAACUACGUGGGCCAGCUGGCGGGUCAGGUUCUGGUUACCGUCAAAGAGCUGUACAAGGGCAUCAAUCAGGCCACUUUGUCAGGCUGUAUUGAUGUUGUUGUUGUCCGUCAAAGAGAUGGCACCUACCAGUGCUCCCCGUUCCACGUGCGUUUCGGCAAGCUGGGUGUGCUACGCUCCAAAGAAAAAGUGAUUGACAUUGAAGUGAACGGAGAGCCUGUAGAACUACACAUGAAGCUUGGUGACAAUGGAGAGGCCUUUUUUGUCCAGGAAGCUGAAGAACUGAACCAGAUUGUCCCUGCCCAUCUGGCCACCUCCCCAAUUCCUACAGAAAGUCAUUUGUUCUGGAUCUCAGAGGUGGAGCAAAGGACAUCCAAAGAUCUAAACGAUGACCCUGCUGACCCUGAGGACCCACCUGAGCCUCCAGCUCCCAGUAAUACAGCAACAAAAAAGAAGAAAAGACGAAGGAAAAAGCACAAAGGAGACCCUCGCAGGGAAGAGCCAACCCCACCGAUGUCGGUUACUUCCAGUAAUAUUGCUGCUACAGCUGCUGCUAUCUCCAGUAAUGGACAGAACGACGAGAUCUUUGAGAUGGACUUGAGCUCAGACGAAGAAGCUGUUGCGCACGUCUCAAGAUCACCUUCAGUCACCACAAUUCGUGACAUUGACCCCAAAUUACCCGCAGCCAGACCUAACCUCGAAGGUUAUCCUCUGUCUGAUGGUGAAUGGCCGUUGGGUGAUGGUCAUGGCUUGUCUCAGGCUUUCUCCCCGAAGAGUGACUCUGAACUGGUGAUGAGACCUUCAGAGAGUUUGCUCAGAGCUGAGUCCCACAUGCAGUGGACAUGGGGGGAAUUUCCAGAAACAACCAGGAUCACUAAGAAAGAGAGACCAGAACCACUGAGAACUGUGACCAUCACCCCAUCAGAGAGCACUCACUUCCGUGUCAUCCUCAGCUCAGAGGCCAUGGAGAAAGAAGGAGAAACUGAAAAGGAGGAUAGCACUCCCUCAGUGUGUACCAUAGUCAAACCCGAGCCACGCAGCCCUAUCCCCACCCUACCUCCUGAUAAUUCUCUAUCAUCUGUCAGCACCAUAACCUCUGUGAGCCCCAUAGCCCCUACAGAGCCCCUUGAUGCUCUUCCAUCUAACGUGAACACCUCUACCCCUUCAAAUAGUCACCUGACGGAUUCUCCCUCUAAGAAGAAAGGAGUCCCAAAAAGGAGUCAGCAUCAGGGCCCUGAGGACAUCUACUUAGAUGACCUGAAUGUACUUGAACCUGAUGUAGCUGCUAGAUAUUUUCCUAAGAGUGAGUCUGAGGCAACGACGAAACACUGGGUGGACUCUGAGAUCCACUCUGGCUCACAGUCUCCUCAGUCUGUGGGCAGCGCAGCAGCGGACAGCGGGACAGAAUGUCUGUCUGACUCAGCCAGUGACCUCCCUGAUGUCACUCUUUCUCUGUGUGGAGGUCUCACAGAAAAUGCAGAAAUAUCCAAAGAAAGAUUUAUGGAACACAUCAUCACAUAUCACGAGUUUGCUGAAAAUCCAGCAAUUAUCGAUAACCCCAACUUAGUGGUAAAGAUAGGAAAUAGGUAUUACAACUGGACGUUAGCUGCUCCUUUGAUUUUAAGUCUGCAAGCAUUUCAAAAGAAUUUACCAAAGGCUACAGAGGAGGCCUGGGUGAAGGAAAAAAUGCCAAAGAAGUCUGGUCGUUGGUGGUUCUGGCGAAAGAGGGCGGAUAGUACAAUCAAGCAGUCUGAGACUAAGCCUGAAGCCAAGGAGGAGUCUCAGUUAGAGGAAGGACCGUCCAUGUCUCAGGAAAGCUUGGUUUUAUCACCUAAAGCAGGAGACACCUCCAGUGACGAGGAGGCCAAGGAGGUCAGUGCUGCGUCCUGUCAGGAGAGGCUGCAGCCAGGAGAUGCUCCACACCAUUCCAACACACACACUUACAGGAAGUCCUUGCGUCUUUCCUCUGAUCAAAUAGCCAGUCUGAAACUGAAAGAGGGACCAAACGAUGUGACUUUUAGCAUCACCACCCAAUACCAGGGCACAUGCCGCUGUGAGGGCACCAUCUACCUGUGGAACUGGGAUGACAAAGUCAUCAUCUCUGACAUCGAUGGCACCAUCACCAAGUCAGAUGUGUUUGGACAGAUUCUUCCACAGUUGGGAAAAGACUGGACUCACCAGGGCAUUGCUAAGCUGUACCACUCUGUAGCCGAGAAUGGAUAUAAAUUUUUAUAUUGCUCAGCUCGGGCUAUUGGCAUGGCAGACAUGACACGAGGUUACCUGCAGUGGGUCAACGAUGGCGGGAUCAUCCUGCCAAGAGGACCACUCAUGUUGUCUCCCAGCAGCCUGUUCUCAGCGUUCCACAGGGAGGUCAUUGAGAAGAAGCCAGAGAUCUUCAAAAUUGAAUGCCUCACAGACAUCAAGAACCUGUUUCAGCAUAACAAGAGGCCGUUCUACGCCGCCUUUGGGAAUAGAGCUAAUGAUGUUUUUGCCUAUAAGGAGGUGGGAGUCCCACUGUGUCGGAUCUUUACUGUUAACCCCAAGGGAGAGCUGAUCCAGGAGCAGACGAAGGGCAACAAGUCCUCUUACGGCAGACUGAGUGAGCUGGUGGAGCACGUGUUCCCUUUGUUGAGUAAAGAGCAGAACGAGGCCUUUGUGAUGCCAGAGUACAGCUCCUUCUGUUACUGGAGACAGCCGCUACCACAGAUCAACCCUGAUGAGCUGCUCUGAUGCUGCUCCCAGGGUCACCCAGGUAUACAUCGUCAUGGGAAUGGACUGAGCACCUAUGGACCCAUAGCACUUACACACACACACACACACAGACACACACACACACACACACACACACACGCACACACACACACACACACACACACACACACCGCUCUGCACUGAGUCUGACACAGAAAGUUAUUAAAACAAACUUGAAAACUGUUAAAGUAAAAGAUUAAUAAUAAUCUGUAACAAAAACAAAAGUGCAGCUGUGGGACACAAGAAACAAAUACCGACUCGUUCCAGGCUGCCAGUGCAAUGACUACUCUUUAGUCCACAGGUCACAGCACUAACAUAACUGUUUUUCUAUACCAUUGAUCUGAAGGAUGAUUGUAUCAGCCGUCGCACCAGGCGCUAGAUUCUGGGUUCAACAGAAGAUUUCUUGAGUUUUAUUUGACACAAAUGGAUGAAACCUAAUGCUCAGAUCACCCUGGCAGCCAUUUUUAUUGUCUGAUUUUCCUGUUAGGACCAGGUAACAGUAAAGUGACUUGUAUGUUUGCCAGAAUACACGUAUUCACCAUUUUAGGAAGAAUAAAACUGGUAAUCGUGACCUGCACGUAUCACAUUACACCACUUAUGAAGCUAACUGUAGCAAAGCAGCUUUAGGAGUGCAGCUGUCCUCCCCCUCCUGUUUAGGAGACUCUCUUUGGUGGGUUUUGGUCCGUGUUCUCGUCUUUGGUUUUGUUUCUAUUAAAGAUACUAUUUAAAAUAUGCCAAGUAUGUGAACAUGUCACUUAAGGACAAAAUGAAGCAGCUUCAUGAUAUGUUGUUGGUUUAAGAUGUUUAUUCUGUUAUACGACCUCUGCCGAGCAAGUGUGUUCUGUUAACAAUGCAGUAAUUAUUUAUGAUAGAGAUGUUAAGUUAUUCAUUUAUAUCAUCAUUUUGCUUCUCUAAGAGUGAUCAGUCGUCAAAGUGAAGGAGAAGUACUUCAGAAUGGUAUUUUGUGUAGUUGGACUUAAUAAUGUGCACUUAAUUCUAACCGCUGGGCACUAAGUUUUUCAUGUGUAAGGCAGAUACAGCUUUCUGAUUUAAAUCCACAGCUUUAGUGUUAAAGUGUAAAUGUAAAGAGAGAACACUUGAGUUGCAUGGAUCUGGAAGGCGUUUCCAUUAGGAAGUUCCUGCUUUAAAAGAUAAAAGGAUGGCGUGUGUGCGUACCUAAUCGCUGAGCGCUGCUGCUGGAGUGGUCUCUGUCCCCUCGGUGUCUUUAGAGACUCGUCUUACGCACUUUGUGUAAGCUGCACCCUCAUAGGCAGCCUUAAAACGCACACCUUUGGCCUCAAGCCAGUGGAUUAUAAAAAUGUGGGUCUAUAUCACCGAAAGAAGAGAAUGAUUGUGUGUCUGAUAAAUUAGUUUUUGUUUAAACGUAAACAGGAAAUGCUUGACUCUGUCUAGGAAGCUAAUUGAUGCACUUCCUUGGCAUGUAUGUAUGAUUUCAGAAACCAUUAUCCUUUAUUACAGUAUAUCUUCCUCCAGAGUAUAACGUGUUUGACUGAAACAGUAAAACAAAACCUUUUUUUUUUUUUGGUUUAAAAAGAAAAAGCACAACGUAUAAGACAUCUAGAUCUGAUUUGUCCUUUAGUUCUUUGAUGUUGAUGCAUUAGCUAUGUCACUCUGAUGCUUUUUGGAAUAAAAUGUGCUUUUUUGCUUGAUUUCAUUUGCUUGUUCAGUUUAAAAGUUUGAAGUCCGAUAGAUUUAUCUUCUAAUUAACAAAAGAAUUUCAUUCUUUCUAUGAAAGUAAAACAUCUCGUGUGAAAGAAUCACACUCAUCCUCUAUGAUCCUUGCAUUUUUGUUACAUAAUGUGUUCUCACUUGAUUGCUGUGGAAAAUGAUUUGAUAUAAAUGCUGAUCAUCACUUUUUUCCAUCUUGCUGCCUUUAUUUUUGUUUUGUUAUAAACGUAUACGAUCUGUUGUGGGACUGUUCUGUUUGGAUGUAAAACGCUUGCUCUUUGAUUGUGUCUGACAAGUAGAAAUACCUUACAUGUACGCUGUGUUUUAGUUGAAUAGAGAUGUGGUUUAAUGUAUGUUUAAAAUAUUCCCCUGUGAGAAGAGAAAAGAAAGCAGGCCUAAUGAUGCUAACAAUAUGUGGCUUGUGGUUCUAUUUGUAUAAAAUUUCUAAUUCAAAACA